UCAAUAUUCCAUCAACAAAGUUUUAGAUGGCCAGUGACUUGAUCUACAACAUCAGUUGGACCUAUAAUGAAAGAAGGAUGGUUGGUUAAGAGCAAGUCAAGAAGCUUUAUGAUGCUGGAUUGUUGUCAAAUAUUAGAAUGACGGCUGGGAUGACGUUGUCUGCUCUGUUUCAAUGCACUGAAUGCAGGAAAACCGACCCUCAAUCCAUGGCAAUUCAAUGUCAAUUGCUGGUUUAUUACGCGGACUCGUUAUAUGAAAAUCAAGAAUACAAACGAGCAGAGAAACAGUACCAAAGUGCUUUACAACUUAAGAAAAAUCUUGUAAAGAAGAAAUAUAAACCACAAUCAUCCAUACCUGUUGUGUCUGAGGUUGAUGUUCGAUAUAAAAUCUAUCUUUGCCAAAUGAAGUUCAAUGACUACAAAAGUGCUCAAAAAACACUUGAUGAUAUUCCACCAAAACAGAGAACGCCACUGAUAACAAUGUGUCUUGCAAAACUUUAUCAUAAAUUGGGUGUUGAAAGACCUGCCAUUGCUUGCUAUAAAGACGUUUUGCGGUCAUGUCCAUUAGCAUUGGAGGCAGCCAUGGGUUUGAUGGAACUUGGUCAAUCUGCAACCGAAGUUACAUCAUUAAUGUCUGUUUGUCUUCCUCAAAUUAGUAAUCUUGAAUGGUUAUUGACUUGGCUAAAGGCAUAUUCAUUGAAAACAACCUCAAAAUUCGCAAAAGCCACACAACACUUCAAGACACUUGAAGCAGAGCAUUUAAGAGACAAUGUUGAUAUUGUAUGUUCACUUGCUGAAUGUCACUGGCAGUCUGGAGAUUCCAACACUGCUAAAGCACUUUACAAGAGGGUUCGUUGUCUUGAUGAAAACUGUCUUCAAGGGAUGGAUGUCUAUGCUAGUUUAUUGGCCCAAGAUGGGGAAAAAGAAGAUGUUGAUAGCCUUGCUGAAGAUUUGAUUGGAAUCAGUGAGGAACGACCUGAACCUUGGAUGGCGAUGGCUCAUUCCGCAUCUGUUGCUAACAAAAAGACAAGAGCUAUUUAUUUUUCACAAAAGGCGCACAACAUUGAUAAUCAAAAUAUUCAAGCUUUGUUGACCAAAGGCUCCUUGCUUUCGUGUGUAAAACGCAAGAGUGAAGCCAUUGAUCAUUAUCGAGAGGUGAUCAGAUUGUCACCUUACAACUAUGACGCAAACAAAGGGUUAAUCGAAUGUUACCUCAGUAGUAACAGACAAAAGGAGGCAUUGAUUGUUGCAAAGAAUACCCACAAAUGUCUCGGAACCAAUGCACGAACCUUAUUGCUGCUUGCAAUGGUUUUGUCCAAGGAAACUCACACCCUGGAAAAAGCAAAACAGAUGUUAGAAAAAGCCGUCGUUCAAGAUCCUACAUUUGCAGAUGCUGUCUAUGACUUGGCUGAAAUACUCACAAAAGAAAAGGAUCAUAAAGGAGCAGUUGAGCUGUUGAGAAAACAUUUGUCUCAUGUUAAAAAUGCUAAUCUCCAUAUUCUCCUCGGAGACAAUCUUGCCGCGUUGAGUGAAUAUCAAGAAGCUCUUGAUGAAUACAGCAUUGGUAUAAGUAUGUGUCCAGGAAAUGGACGAGCAAUUCAGGGUAUUCAUCGUGUGGAGAGUCUCACUGCUGGACCAGUUCGCGACAGUCCUGAUGACCUUGCCGCUUUGGAAGAACGAAAUAUGAUGGUCGAGAGUUCCGAGGAGAAUUCUGACGACGAUGAAUGGAAUUUAAUAAAUCGACGAGAAAUGUGGUUCUAAGGAUGAGAAAGAUGAAAGAAUAAUGGACUUUGAAAGGUACUUGUGAUUAAACACUUUUUCAGUGGAAUAGGAAAGGAAUCUGUAAAGUUCACAAAAUGCGAACAUUUCGGUGAAAAACAAAAACGCGGUUGAAAUUUGAAAAACACGUCUGUUCAACAUGGCCGUUUGUAAGACAAUCUAUACAUAAUUGAAAGGAUCAUUAUUUCAAACUUUCAACCGUAAUUUUAUAUGCUGAUAACACAAAGAAGGCCGCUGUCCAAUAUGUACUUUCCCCGACGGGAAACUGUGCGUUUGAAAGAACAAGCUUAGAGGAAUAAAACCGCAAAAAUAUAAACAUUACCCGUCGAUGGUCGCUUGUAGCUUAGCAAAAAUCCAUAUCAACAUGAAUAAUAAAUGAAGUUGUACACGCCAUCGCUAUGGAAACGUGCUGACGCGAGAAUAAUCUAUUCAGUAUAUGCGAUAGUUGGAAAAGCCGUACUACCCCAAGCUCUCAAAGAUAUUAAAAUUAUAUAAAAUACGUAUCUGGCAGCCACCAGGUUGAUACUGGGGGACAGUUUGAGAUUGUUACUGGAGAACUGAAGAUUCGAGUUGUUGACAAAGUUUAGCGCAUUCAGCUGUUGUAUUUGAGAUAUGGCGAUUGAACAAGAUUGGCUUAUAUCCCUGUCUGUUGUGUAUGGUCUGGGUGCAAUUGCUUCUCUUUGGGCCGCUCUACUUUC